UUUAUAGUUUUCUCUCAUGGGUGUCAUGGCGUCAUGGAACAUUUUGUUGUUAAACCUUAACGGCUUAUUGCUCAACGUGUUUUCUUAACUCGCUUCGAUAAUCGACGCCAGUGAUCACGGUUCAAUAUUAUCACGUACCUACUCUAUAAAUUGUUAUUCGUGUACUCACAUUGUUAAUUGUUAUAAUAGUGCGUACUGAUGUCGGUAAUUUGGAAUUCAAUGCAUUUAAUUUUAAUAUAAUCGUUUGAUUGACAUUUACUUUUGUGUACAAUAUUCAAUAUGACGUGGUCGGUUAUUCAUUUCUUUAAAGAUAAUGGAGUAGAGGUAGUACCUAGCACAUGGUUUUAAGAUGAUACAUGUGCUUGGCCUAAGACCCAUGUGAAACGUUUUAUUAAAAACCAAUGUAUACCAAAUACUAGAGGGUUCAAAGCUAGGGCAUUGUCUACAAAUAUUUAAUCGUUGUUGCUCGAACGAAAUGCAAAAAAUAAUUGAUCACUUCGGAUUUAUCAUCUACUGAAGAUGACAAUUAUUCUAAAAUAAAAAAUACAAAUAAUGGAAAAAAAUCAAAAUCUGGUAAUAAUUGCAGUAAUAACAAAAAAACGGUAUAUGGCGCUGACAAAUCAGACAUUGAAACUGAUAGCGAUGACAAUAAUUAUGAAUUACCAGCUUAUGAUUCUGGUGAUAAUAAUUCCAGUACAAAUAACAUUAAUUCUCUGUCUAAGAAAUCUUGUGUUGAUGAUAUGCUCAUUACUCCAUCAAAAAAUAUACGAACAUUCGUCAAAUCACCAUCAAAAACUCCAGUUUUUGAAUCUAUUGAUGAUAAUUUCUGCAUGGUGAAAAAUGUGUCACCUUAUAGAAGAAAUAAACAUUUUGUACUUUCUCCUAAUAAUUUGGCAAGAGCAGAAAAAAACAAAAAGAGAAAUUUAUCUGAAUCUCCUAGAAAAGGAUAUCCAUCUCCUGAAACUUUUCAAUCACAGAAAAAAAUUAAAUCAGCACCUCUUAUGAAGAUGACUAAAUACCAUUCUCUUUCACAAGAAAUAUCUCCUACUACUGUUCAGAAGUAUUCACCAUUAGAAACAUAUGCACAAGCAUCUGCAGCGAGAUCUGCGGUAUCCAAGCAAUUAUUUAGACCAGAUAACUUAAGCCAACCGUUGACUACUUUAUUAGAAAAUAAACAAAAAACGCCUCCAAAACCAAAUAAAUUUAAAAAUUCUUCAGAAGAUCAAUUUAAGGAACUCAUUUUAUACAAUCUUUUAGUAUUGAAACACAGCAUCUAAUGAUCUUACAUUAGAAUAUUCUAAUUUGGACUGCUUAUUACCAAUUGAUGAAGAAGAUACAUUAGACAAUAUAGAAGAACAGAUAAGAAAUACCAUGCAUCAUUGACUAAACAGUUAGCUGGACUUGGCGGAAAAAGUAUCAAAGUCAUGGUCAAAAGAAUCAUGGGAUAUUUGUUCACUGACAACAUCUUAGCCUUAUAUUCUUUUAAUGGCAGAGCAAAUAAAAAAAAAUGUUUUGCAAAUCUAUCAAUUUCAAAAGUUAUAUUUAAUGCUGUUAAAUCAAUUAAACGAUUGAAUAAUGAAUCAUCGACCGAUGAAAUUGAAAAAUACAUUAAGUAUUAUCUCAUUCAAGCACCAUUCAACAUAAAAAAGAAAUGUUUCAUUGAAUAUAAAUAUCAUUUAAUUUUGUAAUUAUUAUGUACAAUAUAAUAUAGCUAGGCUAGGUUUGCCUUUUAGUUAUAUCAUAUUUCAACUAUAUAUAUACUAUUAUAUUAUAUUCUAAAUAAAUGUAUAGGUACAUUAUGUUUUACUAUUAUUAUAUUGUUAUAGGGCCUAACAAUAUAUGUUGAAUAUGUAAUACAUUAAAUAUUUUGAAUAUUUUUGAAAUAAUAAAGAUAAAUUUUAUGCAAUUAUUAAGUUUACAUUUUAAUUAUAAAAUAUUCUAUUAAUUAAUUGUAUAAAAAUUGCUGUAAAUAUUCUAUUAAUUAAUUGUAUAAAAAUUGCUGUAAAUAUACCUAUAUAAUUAUUUUUUAGAAUAUUUUAG